AUGAACGCCCCAGAUCGCUUUGAGCUCUUUCUCCUCAACGAUGGCGAGAAGAAGAUUGAGGAAAAAGUCUAUUCGGGCAUGUCCAACACAUCCGACUUUAUCCUGAACAAGGAAGAUCACACGCUGGGCAACCUGCUAUCCGAGCAUCUCAAGCUCCAUCCCAACGUCUACAUGGCGGGCUACAAGGUUGCGCACCCCAAUGUGCCAAGCCUGUUUAUCCGAGUCCAGACGGAUGGACAGAAAACGCCACGCGAAGUGUUUUGCGCCGUGUGCGAGAAGCUCAUCAAUCAGCUCGAGUCGCUGCACCAAGAAUUCACUCGCGAGUGGGAGCUGCGCCGCAUCACAAACGUCGGCGAGCAGGGCAACAUGCAAAACAAUGGCCACUAA